GGGGGCAGAUGACGUGGCGAGGGAGGGCAAUGGCGUGGCAAACGAGAUUGACUACGUGGCAUCGUUAAACAGAGCUCUACCUGACGAUAUUCGUGUGCUGGCGUGGGCUCCUGCACCUUCCGACUUCAGCGCCAGGUUCAGCUGCUUGGAGCGAGAAUACAGAUAUUACUUUGUGGACGAGCCUGGCCUUGACAUUCUGGCGAUGCAGCGAGCAGCAGAGCUCUUCAAGGGCCGUCACGACUUCCGCAAUGUCUGCAAGAUGGACGUGGAGAACGUCAAGUCGUUUGAGCGGGAUAUCAUGUCGUGCCGCAUCGUGCCCUUUGCCGGCCCCUUUGCUGCCCGCUUGCUGCCCUCUCUUCCCGUGACUUCUGGGGUAGAGUCGAACCCAAGCAAGCCCCCCCAGCGUCCGUCGGUGUGGGUGCUGCAGGUGGUUGGGACGGCAUUUCUCUGGCACCAGAUUCGAUGCAUGAUGGCCGUGCUGCUAAUGGUGGGGCGGGGGCAGGAACGACCCGAGGUGGUAUCAGAGCUUCUGAGAGUGCAUGAUGGACCCUUCACCAGCAAGCCUCAGUACGCCCCUGCGGAUCCCCAUGGCUUGGUGCUGCACCGAUGCGCCUUCCCUGCCUCCCUGCGCUUCAGCUGCUCUGCCAAUGCCAAGCGCCUCCUCUGUCGGUCAAUCCGCCAGCAGUUGAACGCAGCCCUCAUCCGAUGCUCCGUGCUGCAAUCUGCACUUGACGCUGCGGAGUCUGCUGCUGCUUCCUCCGCUGCUGAUCCCUCUGAGUUCUUCUCAGAGGGGGAGGGUGGAGAGAAGAAGCUGGCCCACAUUCCGCUGCACCGGAGACCAAGAGAACCAUCCCUUGAAGAGCGAAGAAAGAAGCUUGAGGAGAGACCACCACGCCGAUAAGGGCGUCCCGUCCCGGUGCCAAUAAGGACAUCCCUUGUCCCAGUGCCGAUAAGGACAUCCCUUGUCCCAGUGCUAGUUAAACACUUCAGCGCUAGUUGCCUGCCACUAGUUGCUCCUGGAGCAAAGCUGCCAUAACGCUCCAGUCUAGGAAAGAACGGUAUUUUCUAGCACUCCAGCUGUCAAAUUCAUCCUGGUGUGAGUUCAGUUACCAAUGCUUAUCUAGUGGCAUGUUGUUGUAACAAACUUGCCAUAUGAAG